AGUUGAAUGGAGAAAGAAGAGGUAGAAAGAGGAGAGAGAGCUAAGGGAAAAGGAAAGGAGGGUUUGAGGUACCUGAAGGAGAGACACAAAGUGAAGAGAUCAUCUUAGAACGAGAGAAGGAAGCAAGAGUGGAAAUGUGGAAGGGAAACGGCCUAGGAGGGAAGCAGGAAGCAGCCAUAGAGGGGACAGGUAGAGAACUGGGGGGACAGGGGAACUGGGGCCUGGAAGAUGCCCCGGGCCUCUUGGCCAGGGCCUCCUUGCCUAUCAUGUUCCCAUGGCCACUGCCCCUGACCUCUUCAGCCCUUACCUUGCUCCUUGGAGCCCUCACUUCUCUGUUCCUCUGGUACUGCUACCGCCUGGGCUCCCAAGACAUGCAGGCCCUGGGGGUUGGGAGCCAGGCUGGGGGUAUUAAUGGUGGACCUGGGGGAUGUCCUGAGGCUGGCAGGUCAGGCCCAAGAAGCUGUGGGGAGCCUGGGGAAGGACCUGGUACAGAAGGCCUAGUGAGCCGUCGGCUUCGAGCCUAUGCCAGACGCUACUCCUGGGCUGGGAUGGGUAGGGUGAGACGGGCAGCUCAGGGAGGCCCAGGCCCUGGAAGAGGGCCAGGAGUCCUGGGCAUUCAGCGCCCAGGUCUGCUUUUUCUACCAGACCUGCCUUCAGCCCCCUUUGUGCCGCGGGAUGCCCAGCGGCACGAUGUGGAGCUCCUAGAGAGCAGCUUCCCUGCCAUUUUGCGGGACUUUGGGGCUGUCAGCUGGGACUUCUCAGGUUCUACUCCUCUGCCUAGGGGCUGGUCCUCGCCCCUGGCCCCUGGGUGCUACCAGCUCCUGCUAUACCAAGCAGGCCGGUGCCAACCCAGCAACUGCCGUCGGUGCCCUGGAGCCUAUCGGGCACUGAGGGGGCUGCGGAGCUUCAUGAGUGCCAACACCUUCGGCAAUGCUGGCUUUUCUGUCCUCCUGCCUGGGGCCCGGCUGGAGGGCUGCUGUGGGCCCACCAAUGCUCGGGUCAGAUGCCAUCUGGGCCUGAAGAUCCCCCCUGGCUGUGAGCUGGUGGUUGGGGGUGAGCCUCAGUGCUGGGCUGAGGGACACUGCCUCCUGGUGGACGACUCCUUCCUGCACACAGUGGCUCAUAAUGGCUCCGCAGAAGAUGGGCCUCGAGUGGUCUUCAUCGUGGACCUUUGGCACCCCAAUGUGGCUGGGGCGGAACGCCAGGCCCUUGACUUUGUCUUUGCACCGGACCCUUGAAGGAAAGUGUUCCCUUCAGACAUCUGGGCUAGAGACACUGCUCUGGGAGACAACUUGAGUGGCGGCCAGGACCUCCUCUCUACUUCAGGGGGUGGGAAGGGAUGUUGUGGGUAUUGCCCAGUGAGCACUGAAAUAUAAAUUCUGAAUUCUC